AUGGCAGGGAAAACCUUGUUCAACUGCUUGAAGCAUCAGGAAGCAAAAGGUCUCACAAAGAAAAAAAGCAGCAGAAAAGCACGCCAUCACAGCACGGAAAUAACAGAGGACCCUCACAGCCAGCGGAGUGACACAGAGGGCUGCAUCGAUCCCAACGACGACGAUAUCGCCAUCACCGAGGACCUCAUCGAUCCGGGAUACAUCAUCGACCCUCCCGAAAACUGGCGGUUGGACAUCAAUGCCACGAGCGCCAAGGAGUUAGAACCGAACAGACGUCACGCAGGAGGAAGAAGAUCUGCAAAGAAGGGGGAUAGAAGACUCGAGGAAGAGGAGAGAGAUUUCACAGAAGUUAUCCUACCACCCAACAAGAUGUCGGUGGCUGUUCAGGUGGUGAACGGCAGAGAGCAAGGCACGGAGGAGGAGGAGGAGCUGCAGGAAGCUGGGGGCGGAGCUCUGGAGGCUGAGGGCGGGGCUCAGGAAGCCGAAAGAGGAGCAGCUAUGGAAGAAGCAGAGGGCGGGGCAGAGGCCAUAGAGGAUGAUAUGGUGAUAGUGCCGAGAAUUCCCAGGGAAGAUGUACUGAGUGAUAGUGAGCUUGACCAAUCAGGUGCACCAAAGAAGAAAAAGUUCAAGGCAUGGAAGUCGAUAAAGAAGAUUUUCAAGAAGAAGAAGAGUUCAAAAGCAUCGGAAGGAGACUCCGCACCAAACAAGAGCAAAUCAAAGUCAACAAGUGAACUAGAAAGAGGAGGGGAUGAGGAUGGCGAGCUGAACAAGAGAAUCAGCAUGUCAGAAGACAGCGUGUUUACACCAGACAAACCAGCUUCAGCCAAAGACAGGAACUCCUAUUCACUCAACACAUCAAACCUGGCAGAUGAGAUCAAUGCAAAACUCAAAGAGAGAGCAAGCUCCUCUGACGAUGGCUACGCCCAGUCCAGUGAGGAUGCCAUGACAACGGGUGACACCACCCACGACAACUCAUAUGUAGCGCCCUCAGACAGCAGUAAGACCGACAGUGGUAUCAUCACAACAGAGGAUGAGGUGAGUCAGGUGAUCACUUAGGAUGGUCAUGUGAUCAUCAUGUGAUAGCCAUGGUCAUAUGACCACUACAUGAUAGUCAAAUGAUAAAUGAUGCUACAUGAUCUUGUAUAUGAUAAUUAUAUAUUAUAUUGCUAGCUCUCAAAACAUUCAAAUAUCUCAAAUGUUCUAUGAAGUUGUAAUUUAUAAUUAUCUGAUUAUUAUUCAGUUAAAAAAGGAUGUUUCAAGUUGCUGUAAAUUUAUGUUUUAUAUUUUUCAAUAUUUAAUCUGCAUUCAUGUUUGUAUAGACAUUUAUUAUUUGAUUGGACUUUUAUGCAAAUAUUUCCAACAUUAGAGGGAUGGGUUUAGGAUUUGGCAGUGAUUAAAAUGUCAGACUAUAUUAAACUUCUUCAAGGACUUCUAUUAAUUUGGUUUCAGAUUGGUCUUUUAUGAAAAUAAACAUGAGAGGUGAUUUCCUUUGUAGGUGUGAGAUCUGCGAUUAUAAUCUUUACUUGUGUGAUCGAAAUUAGAUUAUCCUCAUAUGCCAAAUGAGAUCUAGAUUAUAAUCUUUACUUCUAUUAACAGAAUUGAAUUAGCGUCAUGUGCCAAAGUAACAAAAUUUCUUGGAAAAUGUGAAAUGACACUAACUGACUUGAGUCCAUAUAUUUUCAUAUAUUAUUUUCCAUUUGAAUCAGCCAGUA